AUGGGCAUAUACUGGCUGUACACGAUCAUGGUAUUUACGUGUGCCGCAUGGGUUGUAUCUUUACUUUACAUAUCUGGGUAUGGUACAUUGUUGCUAUCCUGGUCUAUCUUUGAAAUGGGUGACAAUUUAUACGACAUCGGACAAGGCUAUGCCUCCCUUGAUCAAUUAUACCAGGUAUAUUGCAAGCGACAGCGCGACAUUCUUGAGAGCGAAAGAUUGGCCAGGCGGUUGGCAUCCUCAACGGAUGUUUUGCCGGCAUACUCGAGCCUUAAUGAAGGAGAGAUACGACUUCUCGUUCUUGAACCUGGGACGCAAGACAGUCUUGUCACAUGCAAGCUGUAUACCUGCAGCCAGAUUGAUGGAAUACCGUAUCAGGCCCUCUCUUACGCUUGGGGUGACCCUACCAAGGUACAGAGCAUCGAGUGCAACGGAGAAAAUAUGCAGAUUGCAUCAAAUCUUCACCAAGCAUUAUUACACCUUCGCCAUCCACGUCGCGCGAGAGUCCUCUGGAUCGACGCUCUUUGCAUCAACCAAGAUGAUUCCAACGAGCGUGGCCAACAAGUUCAGUUGAUGAGAGACAUUUACGCCCAGGCUACGCAAGUCAUUGUGUGGCUCGGCGAAGGCACCCGGGACUCUCUGAUUGCCUUUAACUACCUCUCCAAAGACCCUCACUCAACCCGUAGAGGUCUCUUAUCAAACGAAUCCUGGGAACCAAUUGGACUCGACUUCAUUGUCGAACCUCAUAAAACAUUCGAUUACAAAUAUGACCUGACUUGUCUGACCAAGCUCCUCGAAAGGCCUUGGUUUCGGCGGCUGUGGGUUCUCCAGGAGGUGGUGCAUGGGGAAAAUGUCAUUGUCAUGGUAGGAAACGAAACAGUCAGCUGGGGUCUUUUAGCGAAGUCUGUCCAGAAGCUCUAUCGGUCAGGGUUUAUUCUAGGGAAAUCCUCCGAGAAGGCUCAAGCUGGUGCAGCUGCUGUCAUCGAAAUGGAGAGCAUCAGGAGGUCUCGCCCUAACCUGCUAUCGGUGUUGCUCGCUACCAACUCUGGAGAGUGCUCCGACGCACGGGACAGAUUAUAUGCUGUUCUUAAUCUAGCAAGUGACUACAGUCCGCGGAGAGAUAUUGGAACACUUGGACCCGACUAUAGUUUACAACCAGACGAGAUCUUUACUCGGUUUGCUCGAUGGUGUGUAGAACGAGGAGAUAUCAACUUUCUGUCCUGUACCACGAGGUCGAAAGCAAGCAAGAGCGGCGACAAUCAACUCCCAUCUUGGGUACCUGACUGGACGGAUAUAGACAACCACCAUCCCUUCGUUCGGUACUUGGAUCGUGUUCCUUUUCAAGCGGAUAUUGGUCUUGAAGAGUUGCCUCACAAGCCACCUAGCAUUACCGAGGAUAACGAGCUCGUGCUUUUUGGAACCGUCGUUGGUGUUAUAGAACACGUAGGUCCAUUGCCAACUUUCAACAAAAGUAACAUGGAUGCAGAACCCAAUCAGCUUAUCGACACGGUUGUCGCGAACAAAAUAUGGUUAAACCUCUGCCUAAAAAUUAGCCAUCUGGCAAGAGUCGAUUCAGAAACACAUUUCUGGCGUACGAUUACAGCAACGUUGACCGGUGUAGGAUACGCUGUUGGCGAAGACUUUGGGAGACGAUUCUACAAAUAUCUACAGUUACUUCACGACAUGUCACUUUAUGCUGGUCCAGACUCACAGAUAUCAAACUCAGCUAUGAGAUAUUUCACUUCUCAGAAGUACCUCAGUGCAAGUAUUGAGUCGUCGAUAUUGAUGUGGGCGGCGAAAAGGCGAUUUGCUGUAACCCAAGAGGGAAUGAUGGCAUUGGUUCCAAACGGCACCAAACCAGGAGAUGUCGUUACUGUAGUGGCGGGUUCCAAGGUGCCACUUGUAUUUCGAGAGGUGCCGCAUCGGGCAGGAAAGCUUUGCUUUAAAUGGUUAAGUAUUGUGGCUUUGGAUAUCUGCGCUUUUCUCUUUUAA